UCUCACAAGUAUUUAGUUUUCUGGAAAAACUUUACAGUUUCACGGAUUAGUGUUCUGGUAAAUAUGGUCAGAACGGAUGAAACGUUUGCGAGAAUUGCAGAAUCUGCUCGUGGAUGUAAUAUGUCUAUCACAGACCCCUAUAUAUGUAUGUUGAGAUGUCGUCAAAGAGAAAUCUAUCGCCAAUGUGGCUGUUUGCCAUAUUACAUGUACCAUUUCAACCGAUAUGCUGAAACGUGCGGAAUUCAGCAUUUUAAAUGCUUGGAUAUUAAUAAUAAACGCUUUAGGAAUGCUCGAGUUGAUGGUGAACAUUUCAAUAUACCUGCCUGGACUGCACCCAUGUUUAUGAGCUGUAAGUGCGAGAGACCUUGCUCAGAUACUACGUACACAACAGAAUACUCCUUCAUUCCAAGUGAAGAAGUCACUGGAGAUAUUACUCCAACGGGGUUCUUGGGAUUCGUGGAGAUAAUUUACAAAACAAACUAUGCUACCAGUUACAUUAGAAGAGCUCGCUUUACCUGGAGUGACCUUUUAGUAAACUGGUGACACUUAUUGCAAUGAAGAAAUAUUUUAUUAUUUUCUCCGCUCUUUUACACAUUUUUUGUGGAGCCAUGGAAGGAGAAAAAUUCACACUACCAGUACAAGAGACAUGUUCAACCCAUAACAUAGAAGACUUGGCCAGCUACGUAAUACAAGACAUACACUCAUCGGUCAAAGAAGCAGAAUGUUCAUUGGCAAACCCAUCAGAUUAUCCAGACCACUAUAGACCUCAGGAUGGGGAAGAGUUCGAUUUCAUCAUCGUAGGAUCAGGAUCUGCAGGGGCUGUGAUUGCAAACAGGUUAUCCGAGGUACCUUCCUGGAGAAUCCUGCUGCUGGAAGCUGGAGGAAAUCCAGCAAAAUCAACAGAAAUCCCAGGAUUGUACGGUGCGCUGCAGAAGACUUCAUAUGACUGGCAAUAUCAAACUGACUCUGGUGAAGACAAUUGUCUGGCGAUGGUGAACAACAGCUGCAACUGGCCCAGAGGAAAAGCUCUUGGGGGUUCCAGCACAAUUAACGCUAUGCUAUAUGUCAGAGGAAAUAAAGAAGAUUAUGAUGGAUGGGCUAGGGUAGGAAAUGAAGGGUGGGACUAUGAUAGUGUUCUAAAAUACUUUAAGAAGAGUGAAAAAGUUGAAGCAAAGGAAGUCUUGGAACACAACAACUACAGAGACUAUCACGGAGAAGAUGGGUAUUUAACUGUAGGUACUUUUGAAAAAGACUAUAUGUCAGAGUUAGUAGACACCUACGCAGAAGGAAUGGAAGAACUCGGAUACAAAGCAAACAACGACUGUAACGGAGAUUCUCAAAUGGGAUUUUCUAAGCUGCAAGGAACAAUUGUAGGAGGCAGAAGAUGUAGCACAGCCAAAGCGUUUUUAAAACCAAUCAAAACCCGUAAAAACUUAAAAGUUUCAAAAAAUUCACUAGUUACAAAAAUUUUAAUUGAUAAACAUUCUAAGAAGGCAAAUGGAGUAAAAAUUAUCAACUAUAGGGGUGCCGAAGUAAGAGUCAGGUCAAAGAAGGAAGUAAUAGUGUCCGCUGGAGCUAUAAACUCUCCACAGCUUCUCAUGCUUUCAGGAAUAGGACCAAAAGAACAUUUGGAGGAACUGGGAAUUGAUGUGAUAGAAGACUUGCCUGUUGGACACAACCUACAAGAUCACAUGUUGAUGGUUGGCCUGGUAUUUUCAUACAACUACUCUCGUCAGCUUAAGCCGAUUACCAACUAUAUGUAUGACUUUUUAAUGACAGGAUCUGGUAAACUAUCAGGCAAUGGAAUGCUGACCUACUCAGGCUUCAUCAACACUCUUGAUAUCUCCUCAAAAAUCCCAGAUAUUCAAUUCCAUCAUUUUGAUUUUGAUGCGAAAGAUAAACUUGCACUUACAAUGACUUUGAGAAUGCUUGGGUUAAGAGAAGAAGUGGGUAAAUCAUUUUUGGAACUAAAUUCAAAAAGAUUUAUAUCCAUGGUAUUUCCGACAUUACUUAAACCUCGCAGUAAAGGGAGGAUAUUGUUAAAGUCAACAAAUCCAAAAGACAAGGUCAAAAUUAUUUCAGGUUAUUUAUCGGACAAUGAAGAUAUGGAAACACUUUUACGUGCCACUGAAUUUCUAUCAAAGCUAGCGUCAACCAAAGCUAUGGAAUCGUUGGACACCAAGUUUCAUGAAAUCGUUGCUCCUGCUUGCUCCAAGUAUGUGGUGUCUUCAAGAGACUUCAGGAUUUGUUCUCUUAAACACUUUGUGACGACAUGUUACCACCCCACCUCCACCUGCAAGAUGGGACCUGCUGAUGAUCCUACGUCCGUGGUCAACCCUCAGUUGCAGGUGAAGGGGGUGGGACACCUCAGAGUUGCUGAUGCUUCUAUAAUGCCAGACAUUGUGAGAGGCAACACCAACGCUCCUUCCAUCAUGAUUGGAGAGAAGGCUGCCGAUCUUGUUAAACAACACUGGUUGUGAAGUCUCCUCUACAACAUCACAAGCUGCAUGUUUUAGACACCUACUUAGUGUUUAGUUGUUGACAAUCCACAGUCAUCAGUGUCAUAGUGUUAGUUUACAUUAAGCUAUGCAGAUUACUCUAAUCCUAAAGUAUCUGGAAAAAACUGCAGUAGAUGUAGAGUUGUUAUCCAUAACAGAAAUAGCUUGUAUUGAGGAUUUUUAUAUUUUUAAUAAUAAGUAAGACUAAAUGUGUCACUUUCAAAACAAAACAAAAUAAGAAUAAUUUCAAUCCCAAUAUUGAAGUACAAAACCAACCAACUGAAAUAUCAGAAGCUGUAAGGUUCCUUCUGACCUUGGAUAGUAAUUUGUUUUGGGAGUUUGGGACCAAUAUUUUAAUCUUAUUUUGAAUAAAAUAACCUCCAUU